AUGAAUUUGAGGAUGUUUCGUUUGCCGGGAAGUUUCGUUGUUGUUCUGCUUUCAAGGCUUGUUGGCUCUAGUCCGUGUUACUGGUUCGAAGAACGACGAGGCUCGUGGCUCUUGUACGAAUUGUGGAUGUGUUGGGCACUUGACGCUUCGGAGUAUGAAUUUCUUGAGUGCAAAGGAGGAUAA